CUCUCUCUCUCUCUCUUCCAUAGUAAUGCAAGACAAGAAGGCGUCCCCUAACUCCCGGCAGAUUACAUUAUGUCCACGUCAUCCGCGCGUAUCCAAGACAAGUCCCCACCAAUGUUAAGGCCAAAGUCAAGAAUUCUCCGCGAAUUGAGCCGAGGAUGUAGAAUUGCCACCGACAAGGGGCUAUGUCUUCACAACUUGAACUCGAACUCUUUAACGAGGUGUUUUUACGGUUGUGCCAUUAGCUUCUUCCGUAUAAUCUACGGUGAAUACUAUCUUUUACUCGAAGUCAAGAUUUUGGAAUUGGAAGAACCUCUGAAGACGCGUUGAGCUGAUGGAGCUUUCAAAUUAGGAAUAUGAAAGCAGAAGAAACAAGGGCUGUCCAAGCAACAGGAGUCGUGGUAAAAGCAAACCAUCAGGAACAAAUCCCAGUAUUUACCACCUAGAGUAAGAAUCGAAGCCAUAUCGCAGAAGCACACCAACACCAAAUCGGAGUGAGUGGAAAACAGACCAUCCAAGAAAACUAUCUCUAUCCAAGAUGGAUGCCUGGGACCUAAUUACUAAGUAAAAGCCCAGAUGCGUUGCAUUUUUUAAUGGAGGACUUUUCAACUUUUAAGGAAAUUUCUUGCGAAUCACAUGAAACUAUAUCUAAUGCUACCUUCCUUGGAUCCCUCUCUCCCUCUCCCAUCCCUUUGUCACUAGAAGAGAGUCUCUAUCUGUGUAUGUGAUAAGAAUCAUGUAUGCAACUUGGGCCCAUAUAAAACAAUAAUCAUUUUAUAUUAACAACUAAGAUUCCUUUUCAGUUUCCACUAACAGUCCAGAUCAAGUAAAUUUGAAGUACAUGGAAGCCUAUGUCCUCUCUCUGUCUCUAUAGGGAUCGAUCUGUCAUCUUAUGCCAUGGCAAGCAAACCAAAAUUUAAACAACUGACCAGCUCCAUGGCAAAGAAGGAAAGGUUAGCGAGAAUAUAUACAUAUAUAAAUAUAUAUUCCAAAACAGCCUAGAUACAGUUAGGAAUGGUACCUCUCCUUCAAAGCAAUGAAAGAAGGCUUCAACUACUUCAAAGGAAAGAUGAUGACAAGGAGGAGGACCAACAGUAUCAAGAGAACGCCACUCUCUCUUUCUAUUCCUUGAGUAAGCUCAAAGCAUCCAAUCCUCUUAUUCUUCUUCUUCUUCUUCUUUUAUACCAACCCUUUUUCCAAGAAAGAUACACACUAUUUCUCCACCAUGGCUAGACAUCAAUAUGGGUUCCUGCUAAUUUUCUCCAUCAUCGUCUCCCUCUCCCUCUCCCUCGUCUCUUUUGUUUCUUGUGUUCUUGCUGAGUCCAAGAAAGCCAAGAAGGAGGAUCUCAAAUUGAGCAAUAAACUGUGUGAAUUGCCCCAAAGCCAUGCAUUUGGCUUUGGUAUUGCAGCUCUGAUAUGGCUAGUCAUCGCUCAAGUCAUUGGGAACGUGAUGAUUUGCACCCUUUUUCGGCACAGAGAGAACAGUAACAGCUCCAAGGCUAAGAAACCAAAGAUUGCCACGGGACUCCUGGUUUUCUCCUGGAUCAGCUUUGGAAUUGCAGUUGCUUUACUAAGCACAGCCACAAGCAUGAGCAGGAGGCAAGCCUAUGGGAAAGGAUGGUUGGAUCAUGAAUGCUACGUGGUCAGAGAUGGAGUGUUUAUUGGCUCAGGGGUCCUAAUCUUGGUUACCACAGCCACCUUACUUGGUUCAGCAAUCUUUACACUUAGACAAGCAGAAGCAGAACAAGGUAGAAAAAUGCAUGCACAAGUUGGAUAAAAAACACACUCAAAAAGGAAAUACACGUCAACAGACAAAACACACACACACACAUGCACUGAUAUUUGUGUACAAGAAGAGAUGGAGUCAAUCUCCCCAUACGCAUGCCAAUAAGUGGGAACAACUCCACCAUGUAACAGGUAUAGAUGCCCAAAAAAAAAAGUGCAAAGUGGCUGAGAGAAGGGGAUUGCCAUUCUUUUGUGUGGUUGGGACGAGAUGAGGAAAAGAAUAAAGGCAUGCUGCAAAGGCUUCAAGUCC